AUUGACUGCUGGCAACCCUGAAUUUUGGAUAUAAGAUAGGAUAUAAGCUGUGUUUGUCAUCAAUCCUAAACACUGACGCCUCCUCGAGCACGUAUCCUCCAGCUGUGUCCUCACGCCAGCUUUGGUACCGACAACGAAGUAAUAUAAACACAAUCAAGAUGGAAAGGUGGUCAGGUCGUCUGGCGCUUGUGACGGGAGCUGGCUCGGGCAUUGGAGCCGCCUUGACCCGUAGGCUGGUGAAGGAGGGCAUGCGGGUGGUGGGUGUCGAUCUCAACGUGGAAAAAGUACAGGCCUUGGGAGAAGAGCUUAAGGGUCAGCCGGGUUUAGUUAUCCCACUCAAGUGUGACAUCACCAAGGAUGACCAGGUGCUGCACAUGUUCCAGCGCAUCGCACAGAAGUACGGCGGUGUGGACGUGUGCGUCAAUAACGUUGGAAUAAUGCACAACUUGACCCUCAUGAAUGGGACGCCCGAGGAGUGGCGGCGGAUGAUGGACAUCAAUGUGAUCGCUCUGUGUCUCUGCACCCGGGAAGCUGCGAAAUCAAUGCUGGAGCGUGGCGUGGAUGACGGACACAUCAUCCACAUCAACAGCGUUGCAGGACACCAGGUGGCCAACUUCCCGAGUAUGCACUUCUAUACGGCCAGCAAAUAUGCAGUCACUGCCCUCACCGAAGGCAUGCGUCAGGAGCUGAGGCAGACCAACACCAACAUAAGAAUAUCCUCCAUCAGCCCAGGUGUGGUGCGAACAGAGAUCCGAGACACAUGGCUAGACACGGAGGCAACCAACAAGUUCUACCACGAGUACCCGUCCCUGAAGCCAGAGGAUAUCGUCUCCAGUGUCAUGCACGCCCUAGCCGCACCGCCCCACGUGCAGAUCCACGACGUGAUGGUGAGGAAUACCAGGCAACAGUACUAAAGUGAUGAAGCUUAAGUGGUGAAGCCAGCAAGCAGAGUACAAUGACCCAUGCAUCACCUCCCACCUUGCUUAUAAAUGGCGUUUAAAAAAAUCUAGUGUUAAAACAAAGCGAUUUUAUACAACUCCACCAAUAUUGGAAUGCUUUAUUUACCAUGAAUUUCGAGUAGGUAAGAUUAGAUAGUCAAAGUUCUAGUAUUUCACUGAUUUUGGAAGUGUUCUAUAUGCGUGGUUAGGUUUCAAGCCACGUGUUCAGUUUAAAGACAAUUUAUAGUUAGGCUAUCAUUUGUUUUUCCUUUGUGUUUCUUUGUGGUGUCAUGUGUCUUAUUUGGUGAUACUCCUAUUCUUAUACUUAUUCUUCUUAUUGUUGUUGUUGGUGUAGUUGUUAUCAUCAUUAUUAUUAUUAUUAUUAUUAUUAUUAUUAUUAUCAUUAUUAUCAUUAUUAUCUAUUACUAAUAAUUAUUAUUAUAUAUGUGUUUAUUUAUUUCUUGACUGAUUCAUCACCCCCCCCACCAAAAUUCAGGUAUAACAGAGAUCAAAAGAAUGAAUAAAUAAAAUCAAACUUAUAAGUGAAUUGUUACCUAUUUUCUAUGUUGAUUUAUUAUUCUCAAGUCACUUAUUAACUUUGUUUGCAUGUAAGGGAAAAAAAUGAUAUGAAAUAAAUAAAUAAGAUAAAAAAAUAAAGGGUUUUUCUAAUUCUUUAUCGAUUCAUUGUUUUCAAGUAAUCAAUAGUCAUCUUUGCAAUGAAUAGACAAAAUAUUAACAAAAAAAUAAAUAGAAUAAAAAAUAAAUUACUUUUCCUAAUUCUUUAUCGAUUAAUUGUUGCCAAGUAAUCAAUAGACACUUAAAGGGAGAAAUUAAAAUAAAUGAAUAUAUCAAAAAAAUAUAUAAAUAAAAAAUA